AUGAGCCAACCUUUUUCCUCCUUCCGCCACUCCACACAAUGGCCGACCAGCCGCUGUCCGCCAGGCCGUGAUGAUACAUGGCCCGAUCCCACACCGCAAUCUCACGAGACCUCCCCCUCAAAGUCCAAUCCUCUUCCACUUGCCGCCUCCCAACUCCCCGAUCUCACGGAGGGUUCCCCCGUCGUCUCACGUCCCUAUUAUGGCCGUGGUCUCAAAUUGAAUCUCACCGAGCAGGUUCGGCUGGUCGAAAUCUGUCGAGAUGCAAUGGGUCAUUGCAAUGCUAAAGCGUACCCCAAAAGUUUCUGGAUUCGGAUUUCGACGGCUCUUGAGGAGGACACCGGUCGCCGCUACUCUUGGCAGUCUUGUCGGCGACGUAUGGAGACCAUGAUCGCGAAACGGACGCAAUUUUGGGAAGCUUUCGAGGAUUAUGCGUAUCGCAAGGAUCACCGACCGUGUGAUAUCGAAAAUGAGCAGGUGGCCGAUAAGCUAGAUUUAUGGCUGGAGCAGGAAGGCAUAGCCCCCAAAAAUUCCCUGGAGAAGAAAAAUGCGGCGGUCCUGAAGCGUAUGCAAAAUUUGUGCCCUCCCAACUUCCAGAUGAUCAGGGAAACUCUCACCCCGAAUACACAUCAAUAUCGAAUGGUUCCUGUGGGCCGUACCCCCGAAGUCCCGCAAAGCACUAAGAUUCAGCGGGUCGCCAAUUGGGUCCGAAGCUUGCCUUCCUCGGAGGAGAUGGAAGAUUUGCCAUUACACUGGGGUGAAUCCCAGAUGGAAUUCCACCUUCGUUGCUGUCCACUCAGGAACAAUAUUCAUCCUUCGCCCCCAUCUCACUCCCAUUCCCAUUCUGGGUCCCGGUCCCGGUUACCUCGUCGUGAUGAGAUUGCUACUUCCCGGCAGCGGUCUCGGUCACCACAUAGUGACCGGCCAGGACGAGCCACUAACCCCAUCACAGCUUUGGAUAGGGUUGGUCAGAGAUUCCAUGCUGCAGCGGUGGCUAUACAUCCGCCUAUUGGAAGUCGUGAAAACCCGACUGCCGCGGAUGAUUUGAGUCCCACUCAGAGCCGCCUACCCGACGCUCAGAACGCCAAUACCAACAACAAAAGACCUCGGGACAAUGAUGACACGGGGAAUGAUCGGCCCGUACGACGCCUGCGUCACACCCCUCGCAGUCAUCCUUCCGAAAGCCAAACUCCAGAGCAAGAGAACGGCCCCGAGCUAUCUCAAAAUCAAAUGAGCACCGUCGACAAGUCGGUGGAUCUCGCAUUUGGCAAUUUCUGGGGCGGACUGGCUCCAUUAUUUGGGGAUCGGGAUUUGAAGCAGCAGUUACCGGCUACGAAAUCCGAAUCCGUGAUGCGUGACAUGCUGAGAGACAUUGCAACCGCCAUUACCAAGGCCGUCAUGAAGAUGAGAGAAGCGGACGGCGACUCGUGA